UUUUCAGUGCAAGCCUUCCAUCUCCGCUCUGGUCACCAUCUCCGCUCUACUUUCUAUUCUAUUCGCUCACGCCUGUCUCUCUCUCUCUCAAAGCUCUUUCAACUUUCUUGGGGAUGUUUUCAAUGCCCAAUAUACUACUUGUUCUGCUUCUUUCUCUGUUUUUGCUGCUUCACCAUGUCGUUUCCGAUCCCAGAGCCACAGAAGCAGCUCUAAUAUGCAGCAACAACACAGCUUCAACGCAAGAGAGACAAAUCUUUGUAGCAAAUUUCUUGGCAACCAUGGACGUAUUGACCCCUUUAAUUGGCGGAAGAGGAUAUGCAGCUGUUGUGAACGGAACGGGGAAUACAACAGUUUAUUCGUUUGGUGAGUGCAUGAAGGAUCUUUCUCAAUCGGAUUGUAAUCUCUGUUUCGCACAGUGCAAAACCCAGAUUCUCAGAUGUCUUCCCUUUCAGAAAGGUACUCGAGGUGGUAGGCUUUUCUACGAUGGGUGUUACCUCAGGUACGAUGAUCAUGAUUUCUUCAAUCAGAGUCUGAGUCUGCAGGAUAAAACUGUUUGUGCAAACGAUGAUUUUGGUGGGAAUCUGACUGUUUGGAAGGCUAAUGUUAUGGAAUUGGUGAGGAAUUUGAGCUUGGUAGCUCCGAAGAAUGAUGGGUUCUCUGUUGGGUUGGUGAAUCUGAGAAAUGUUAGUGUUUAUGGAUUGGCUCAGUGUUGGGAGCUUGUGAAUGGGUCUUUUUGUGAAGAGUGUUUGGCUGAUGCUGUUAAAGAAAUCAGUUCGUGUUCUUCGAAACAGGAAGGGAGGGUUUUGAACGCUGGUUGUUAUUUGAGAUUUUCACCGCAGAAGUUCUAUUACAAUUCUACAAUUGGUAAUCCUGGAAACGGAGGAAACCGCACAUUAGCCAUAAUUUUGGCCGUAGUAUCUGCUGUUAUUGCUGUUCUGCUUACUUCUGCAGCAGUACUUUUCUUUGUAAGGAAGAAAGUAUUGAAAAAGAGAAGAGAAAAAAAGCAAUUGGGUGCUUUAUUGUCCACCGUGACCAAGUCCAAGCUCAACUUUUCAUAUGAAGUUCUUGAAAGAGCAACCAAUUAUUUUCAUAGUUCAAAUAAGCUUGGACAAGGAGGAUCUGGUUCAGUUUAUAAAGGAAUUCUAUCAGAUGGAAAGGCUGUUGCUAUAAAGAGGCUUUUCUUCAAUACAACACAAUGGGUGGAUCAUUUCUUCAAUGAAGUCAAUUUGAUCAGCGAAAUCGAUCACAGAAAUCUCGUAAAACUAUUGGGAUGCAGCAUUACAGGCCCUGAGAGUCUCCUUGUUUAUGAAUAUGUGACAAAUCAAAGCCUUAAUGAUUACUUUUUUGGAGCUAGGAAGAAUGAGCCCUUGAGCUGGGACUUGAGGUAUAAUAUCAUAUUGGGUACAGCCGAGGGAUUGGCCUAUCUUCACGAGGAAUCAAAAUUACGAAUCAUUCACAGAGAUAUAAAACUGAGUAACAUUCUGCUUGACAAAGAUUUCUCACCAAAAAUAGCUGACUUUGGACUUGCUCGAUUAUUUCCAGAAGAUAAAACUCACAUUACCACUGCCGUUGCAGGCACAGUUGGCUACAUGGCUCCUGAGUAUAUUGUUCAAGGCAAGUUGACUGAGAAAGCAGAUGUUUACAGUUUCGGAGUAGUUGUCAUUGAAGUUGUAUGUGGAAAAAGGAAUACUUCCUUCUCUCAAAAUUCAUCUUCUAUCCUACAGAUGGUUUGGAACCUUUAUGGAACUGGUAGGUUAUCUGAAGCUGUUGAUCCAAUCCUAAAUGGUAAUUAUAGAGUUGAAGAGGCUUCUCGGUUGCUCCAAAUCGGGCUACUUUGUGCUCAAGCCUCUGCAGAACUGCGUCCAUCGAUGUCAACCGUUGUUAAAAUGCUCACCGGUAAUCAUGAAAUUCUGCAUCCAACACAACCACCAUUUAUGAAUUCCAGUAGUACGGAAAUCAGCCCUCGAAUUCCCUCGGAAGGUUACCAUUCUCAGCCGGAUUCAAACACACAAUCUUCGGGGAAUAGGAUAACUGAAAGCUGGAUUGAGCCUAGAUGAACCAAUUUUCUUCUGAAACCAUAUUAUCUUGUUCAUUACUUUCAUAUCCAUGAAGAUUCAGACUUGAACCCCAACAUUUUCCGGGAUUUUCUUUCCCAUUGUUUCUAGUUCAGUUGGUGAGCAAAAUCCCAUUUUGUCAAACUGAGAAGACACUACAAGCUGAGCUAGUUUAAAUCACAAAGCAGCAUACAGAAUGAUCCAUCUCUUGAUGAGUCUGUACCAUUUGGUAAAAUUUUGUGUAUAAUUCAUAUUACUUUGAAAAUACAGUUCCCUGUAAAGAAAUAUUCUUUUAUAGUAAAUUUGAGAAUGUACUAAUAAUACAUGUUGUACUAGAAAAUUUAAAUUAUAAAAAUCAGCUUUCCACUCAGGCAAGCAGUAGUAUAUACUGUA